AUGUCGGACGUCAAGGCCCAGGGCGAGGUGCACGGCAUCUCGACGGCCCAUGAGGAGACCCCUCGGGUCAUUGCCGGCUACGGCGAGACCGCAAAGCGUGAGGGAGCUACAACUAAGGAGGUCCACAGUGCCGAACUGUUCGCUGCCCUGGAGGAGACGAAGAUCGAGAGAUGGAGCAGAGAAUCAUUCCAUCUUUACUUUGCGAUCUUUGUUGCGUUUCUGUGCGCUUGUGCCAACGGAUAUGAUGGCUCGCUGAUGUCCUCAAUCCUGGCUAUGAAACACUUCCAGAAAACCAUACCCAUUGGCAUGGAUGGUGAGAAGGUUUCCGUUGUUACUUCCAUCUACACUGUUGGAAAUAUGGUCGCAACUCCGUUCAGUGCUGUGAUUUCCGAUAGGCUUGGUCGUCGAAAGUGCAUGUUUGUUGGAGCCUGGAUUAUUAUCAUCGGCUCUAUUAUUGCUGCUACAACCACGACCUAUGCGCAAUUCGUCGUCGGCCGCUUCGUGCUUGGAAUGGGAAUUCAGGUCAUGGUCGUCUCGGCUCCUGCCUACGCGGUUGAGAUCGCUCCCCCUCACUGGCGUGGUCGUGCUGUUGGUUUCUACAACUGUGGUUGGUUCGGAGGCUCUAUCCCCGCGGCUGCUAUCACCUAUGGAACCAACUUCAUCGACAACAACUAUUCAUGGAAGGUCCCACUUAUCGGCCAGUGCUUUGCGUCUAUUAUUGUUAUUAUCUCUAUCUGGUUCAUCCCCGAGUCUCCGCGUUGGCAGCUCGCUCACGGCUAUGAGGAGGAAGCUCUUGCUUUCCUGACCAAAUAUCACGGCAAUGGUGACCCCAAUGCUCGUCUCGUCCGACUGGAGAUCGAAGAAAUGCGCGAAGGUAUCCGUGUUGAUGGUAUUGACAAGCGCUGGUGGGAUUACCGUCCUUUCUUUACGUCUCACAGCGGCCGCUGGCGCUUCUUGCAGGUCAUCAUGAUCUCUAUCUUUGGACAGUGGUCUGGCAAUGGUCUCGGUUACUUCAACUCGACAAUCUUCAAAGUUCUCGGUUACACUUCCAGCUCCAUGCAGCUACUCUUGACUCUUGUCAACAGUAUCAUCUCCGCAGUCGGUGCUCUUACGGCUGUCCACUUCACCGACAGAAUGCCCCGUCGUACAGUUUUGGUUUUUGGCACCGCUGCUUGUGCCGUCGCUAUUGCUAUUCAAGCUGCCAUUUCCGUUCCAAUUGCGCAGACAGGUGGAAUUAGUCACUCAAAGGGCCAAGCUGCACUGUCCAUGUACUACCUCUUCAACGUGAUAUAUUCCUUCACCUACACUCCACUGCAGGGUGUCAUGCCGGCCGAAGCUUUGGAAACGACGACUCGUGCUAAGGGUCUGGCUCUCUCGGGCUUCAUGGUCAAUGCCACUGGUUUUAUCAGUCAAUUUGCCACCCCUAUUGGUUUGCACAAUAUCUCGACCAACUACUUCUGGAUCUUCGUCGUCUGGGAUCUGAUCGAGUCCGUCAUUUGGUAUUUCUUCUGUGUUGAGUCCCAGGGCCGUACUCUUGAGGAACUUGAGUGGUUGUACCAGCAGCCCAACCCUGUCAAGGCGUCCAAGAGCCUCGAAAAGGUUGUCGUUCAACGCGAUGGAACGGUCACUGAGAAGAUCGAGGACGAUGCCUGA